AGUGUCCACGAUGAAUCAUCAGCAUCAUUCUCCUUGAUGCUGUACACUCUAGCAGGCGGGGGCACACUUUGUGGUGUUGCUGCCCUAGUGCUGCUGAUCGUCUCUACAUCAACUGAUUUCUGGAUGCAAUAUCGCUACUCUGGAAGUUCAGCCAAUCAGGGCCUCUGGAGGUUUUGCAUCAAUCACAAGUGCCAUGCUCACACUGUCACUGUGGCAUUCUGGGAUGCAACACGAGCCUUCAUGCUGCUGUCUGUUCUGAGCUGCUUUGCUGGGGUACUGCUUGGCCUCAGCGCCUUCGCUAAUGGAACCAGCAGACGAGUGAGGACCGGAGGAAUUGCACUGAUACUGUCUGGGUUCCUUGCUUUGUUAGCUCUGUCCAUAUAUACAGGGGUCACUGUUAAUUUUUUUGGCAAGCGAUUCCUUGACUGGCGCUUCUCCUGGUCCUACAUUUUGGCCUGGGUGGGCAUCAUCUUGGCCUUUGCUGCUGGGGUGUUCCAGAUGUGUGCUUAUCAGAAGAAUGCCACUGAGCCACCUCCUCCCAACAUUGCAGACAGCUAA